UCACCCCAGAAUCACCCCGUUGGCGUCGGUCGCGUCGAUUGUGCAGUGCAUGAGGCGUUUCGUCUGGUUUUUCAAACCGUGUAAGAAUGCGAACAUAACUGUAUCUGUGUGGUAAGCUGCUGUGUUAUGCUUAGAAUUUUCUCUUCGCACCCGUGCACCAGCCGAGUUACGAGAGAGGACAAGCGGCCCGUGUAUGACAGUUGUGAAUUUCCUGAACUCUCAAAUCCGAACUAAGGUCCAUGCAGGUCUCUGCUCCUCGGACGGUUGAGUAAAUCUAGGACAUGGAAGAGCCACAGAAGAAACGUUUCAGGAGCAACCUGUGGAGCGGAGAGUCGGGGAACGAAGAUGAUGGCGGGGCCAAGGAACAAGUGCCAAAGUACAGCAGGAGUGAGAUAAAGAGGCAGAGAGAGCAACUUCCUAUUUUCUCCUGCAAGGACAAGAUCAUCAAGACCGUGCGGGAAAACCAGACCGUGGUGCUGACGGGCGAGACAGGUUCCGGCAAGUCCACGCAGAUCGUGCAAUACCUUCAGGAAGCGGGCAUAGCAAAGGGCGGCGCGAUCAGCUGUACGGAGCCCAGGAGGGUGGCCGCCAUGUCUCUGGCUCGGAGGGUUGCCGAAGAAGUCGGCUGCACGCUGGGCUCACAGGUUGGUUAUUGCAUCCGAUUCGAGGACUGCUCGGCACCGGAGACCGCCAUUAAGUACAUGACCGACGGGAUGCUCCUUGGCGAGGCGGUCAGGGACAGUCUGCUGGAACACUACUCAGUCGUUGUGCUCGACGAAGCCCACGAACGGUCCAUACACACCGAUGUCCUCUUUGGCGUCCUGAAAUGGAUUGCUAAACGAAGGUCGGACAUGAAGAUCAUUGUCACGUCGGCGACUAUAGACGUGUCGAAGUUCUCAAAGUACUUCUUCGACGCUCCGAUCAUCACGGUACCUGGCAGGGCUUUUCCUGUGGAGAUUUUCUACAGCAAUAACGAUCUCCCGCUGGACUAUUUUGAAGCUUCGAUCCAAAGGGUGCUUCAGAUACACAGAACAGAACCAAAAGGUGACGUCCUCGUCUUUCUGACCGGGCAAGACGAGAUCGAGAAUGCGUGCGAAAAAAUCGAAGAGGGGUCCCAAAGUAACGUGUCUGCCCUAAAGCUGGUGGUGCUUCCGCUCUACAGUGCCCUGCCGAGCGACAUGCAGGCCAAGGUGUUCGAAGAGACAGCAGAGGGCUACAGGAAGGUGGUUGUGGCAACCAACGUAGCUGAAACAGCCGUUACCAUUGACGGCGUGGUCUACGUUGUGGACUCGGGUGUGGUGAAAGAGAAGACGUACAAUCUUCGCACUGGCCUCGAGUCCCUAAACGUCACGCAUAUUUCUCAGAUACAAGCGAAACAGCGGUCAGGCAGAGCAGGAAGGACGGGACCAGGCAAGGCGUACAGGAUAUACUCAAAGGCUGCGUACAACAACAUGGCUCCCGUACAGCGUCCAGAAAUAAUCCGCAACGAGCUCACCUCUACCAUCCUUCACCUCAAGGCCCUCGGCGUUCAAGAGGUUACGAAAUUCGAGUUCAUGGACGCUCCGCCUCCAGAGGCCCUGGUCAGAGGAAUCAAAAGCCUUCAGCUCCUUCAAGCGGUCAGUGAAGAGGAGAUUCUGACUGAACUGGGAAGGCAGAUGGCUCAGUACCCAGUGAGCCCACCACAGGCCAGGAUGCUCAUUAUGUCGCUGGAGCUUGGCUGCAGCGAGGAGAUCCUUACCAUAUCCGCCAUGCUGUCCUCCCAACACAUAUGGCGUCGUCCAAAGGGCAGACACAGCCAAGCAGAUCAGAAGCACGGACAGUUCCACGUUCCUGGCAGCGACCACCUGACUCUGCUCAAGGUGUACAACGCGUGGGUGGACAACAAAAUGAGCGAGGACUGGUGCUAUGAGAACUACAUCCAGCACCGGCGCUUGCGGGAGGCACACUCUGUGAGGCGCCAGCUGUAUUCAGUGUUGGCAAAAUUGAAAGCACCGUUGUGGCGCAGCAUUACGUGCAUGAUAUCUUGCGUUCUUCUCUGACAAAGACAAAGGUAUGUCACCGGCAAUCAUUUUCUAUCUGCUGGGAUAGCUUUCAGCAUUUACGGUGCUUAUAGGAACUUUAUAGGAAGGGGCUUACGGAGCUUAUAGGAUGUUUAUAGGAAAUUGCACUAAACUGCACACGAGAGGGACCCCACCCGUUCCUUAUGCGAAGUAUGUACGAUAAACUUGGCCUAAUAUUACCUUAAGUUAAACCAGAAUCUGUCUGAGCUAGUACUGAAGCAUGGGCAGUUUCGUAAAUCCCGGCUCCACUUCAUGUGGGGAAACUUCAGGUGAAGCCCACUUUAUGGAGGUGUCGUUCAAAUUGGGUGAAUCGUCCGAUAUUCGGAAAUCUGAAUAUUGGGUAUAUUGGGAAUUAGGAAUAUUGGGUUUGCGAAUGAAAUACUUCGAGUAAUUGAUAUUUGAUUAGAAUUCGAGAACCGAACGCCCUUAAAAAUAAGGGAUUUCGUGAAAUUCCGUGCCAAACGAAGGAUUCCGCGAUGAAUUCUGAAUUCCGCGAUAUUUCGCGGAAUCGUGGAAUUCACCCGGGGCCUUGCACAUUUUGUAGUUGUGUACCGGAUACUAAACUAAUCCCCAUCAAGGAUUGUGACAGAGCGAUCAAAAAGAAAAUAGAGUGUAUAAGCAGUGCCUUGUGUCUUUUGGGUAAAACAUGUUUUUACCCCGAUUUGCUUCGGGUAAAACCCGAAAACCCCCGGAGACUAACUUGGCAAAGUGCAAAUUCAGCCACCAGUAUGGGCACUAGAGAACGCUAAGCGCCGUACACUGAGCAUGACUGUUUCACAUCUUACGUUCAUCAAAAACUAUGGAAAGCUCUUUCUCACAUUUCUUUAUUUUGUUCGGUUCGGUUUUCCAAUGUGGCACUCGAAAAUCUUCUUUUCCAUCCGACAUCAUCUGA